GGAGGGAGGGAGAGAGAGAGAGAGAGAGAGAGAGGGAAAUUAAUCAGAAGUCAGAUGCCAGCCUCCUCCAACGCCAAGAGCUUAAGCUCUAUUUUCCGCGGCGCCAUCAAAUCCAAACCCCCCGCCAUACCUCUAUCCUCCCCCGCCGAGGACGCCACCCUCAAGCACUUCGUCUCCACCCUUGACCCCAUUUCUCAGCGCUUCACCGCCUCCAACAAGCCACCCUCCGACCUCAACGCUCCUUCUGCGCUCGCCGCCUUGAAUUUGGACUCGCCUUCCUCUCCCGAAGAUUCGCCGAACGGACUGCCUCAGGAUAUAUUUUCGAUAUUAGACGGCGGUACUUCUGCAAAUUCUCUUGAUAUCCAGGGAACAGAAGGUGAGACAUUUAAGGAAAAUACAUUGCUCUUACCAUUUUAUCCUGAGGUAUCUCAUGGUGCAAUAUCAUUACGUCGCAAAGAAGUCACUCGUGAAAGGAAGCAAAAGUGGACUUUCGGUAGCGGUCAGGUUAAUCGUUUUGGUCGGUUAGUUGACAUGUGUGCCAACAAGCUAGGGACACACACCACUCUUCAGGUUUUUGGUAAAUUGGGACGAGAAACUGGCGUGAAAGAAUAUAAUUCAUUGAUUAAAAUUUGCAUAGAGAGGGCUAGGAGUAGUACGGAUGAAGAUGUUGGAGUAGAACAGUUUCACAUGGCUUAUCGAAUUUUUAAAGCAAUGAAGGAACAGGGUUUUCCGCUGGAGGAAGAAACGUAUGGCCAAUUACUUGCAUAUCUAAUUGACAUGGGUAUGAUAAAGGAAUUUCAAUAUUUCUGUGGAGUUAUCAAAGCUGGAAACCCUAGUUCAGUUGGCAGAUUAGGAUACUACGAGAUGCUGUUAUGGAUCAGUGUCGACGAUGAGGAAAAAAUUCAAGAGCUCUCUAAUUACAUUGUAAGUGAUGAUGCAGGAAAGGAGUCCAAUUUACAAGAGAAUUAUCUUUUGGCACUUUGUGAAAGUGACCGGACAAAGGAGAUAUUGCAGCUGUUGGAAAGGAUGGACGUAACCAAAAUCUCAUCUCUGCCUUUUGUGGAUAGUAUCUUUAGAUGCUUAGGAAGGCAACUACUGAAUUCCUUCGCAGAGAAGUUUCUUCUGGAAUUUAAAGCCUGUGACUCUGCUGCAGAGAAGAUUACAAGCUUCAUCUACAGUUAUGUUGUUGGCAUUCCAAAUUUAGCGGUUGAGGAUGUCAUUUCAGAAUUCAAAAAAUGGCACAAGAAAUUGGAGGUGACACCUUCCUCUGCGUCAUAUGAGAAGCUUAUCAUGUACUGUUGUGAUUCACUUAAGGUGCAUGUUGCUCUUGAACUGGUUAAUGAGAUGUGUGAACUGGGGUUGACCUUUUCGAUUGAGGCAGUACACCCCAUUUUACGUGCUAGUGACGAGAGCUGUGAUUUUAAUUUGGUGCACAAAAUCUAUUCAUUGAUUUACCAGUACAAAUUAGAGCCAAACUGCGAAACUUUCAGGUGUAUGAUAAGUUUGUACGUGAAAAUGAAGGAUUAUGAAGGUGCUUAUAGCUUGUUGAGAGACGUGGAGGAAAUGAAUUUGACACCCACUACUAACAUGUACAAUGCUAUAAUGGGCGGAUUUUUCCGAGAGAAGAACAUUUAUGGUGGGUUGAGGGUUCUCCAACAAAUGAAAGCAGCAAAUGUCAAACCAGAUUCCGGGACAUUCAGCUAUCUAAUUACCAACUGUAACUCUGAGAAGGAUAUUAACAAGUAUUAUGAAGAAAUGAAGCAGUCUGGAAUUCAAUUUACCAAGCAAAUUUUCAUGGCACUAAUACAUGCAUAUGCAGCUUGUGGGCAGUUUGAAAAGGCCAAACAGGUACUCUUGGAUAAUGGGAUUCCAGUAAAGAGCUUGAAUGAAAUUAAAAGCGUGCUUAUCCACACCCUCGCAUCACGUGGGCAAUUGUGUGAUGCAUUUAAUAUAUAUGAAGAGAUGAAGCAAGCUGGAUGCAGUGUAGAGCCGAAAGCUGUUAUAAGUCUUAUUGAGCACUCUCAAUCUGAUGAAGAAUUCAGCAAAUUAUGCUCUCUACUUGAUGAAUUAGAUGAUCCAGACUACUGGCUUGAGGGUUGCGUGAGAACUAUCUCACAUUGUGUUCGGAACAAGCAUUUAAGAUCUGCCGUCAGUUUGAUCAAGCAGUUCAGGGAUAAAAUCUGUACUGACGAAUUAGCUCUAGAUGUAAUUUUUGAUCAGGUAUUUUCCUUAAUUGCAGAGUUAGAGCCUACAUAUUUGCAGUUGGGAUUGGACUUGCUUCAUGCUAUGAAGAAUGAGCUUGGCAUCACACCUUCACGAAAAUGUCUUGAUUUUCUUCUCCACGCUUGUGGUAAUGCCAAAGAUCUGAAAAAUGCCCGACUAAUUUGGAAAGAAUACGAAGCUACUGGCCUGCCUUACAACACUUUAAGUUUUUUAAGGAUGUAUCAAGCCCUUUUGGCUGGAGGGGACCGCAAGGCUGCGAGAACUUUGCGUGGUAAAAUGCCUAAAGAUGAUCCUCAUGUUCGCUAUAUCAUUCAAGCAUGUAAAACAGCAUACUCAGAACCGAAGAGUAGAAAGAAAAAGAAGAAAUAAGAUGGAUGAAUGCAUCCUUGACAUAUGUAACCACUGUUGCCCCUGGUAGAACGGCCCAAGGUGAGAUAAAAAGUUCCAUUGGGGACGCUAUCAGCGGUGUGUAAACACAUUGAGCCGUGUGCUGGGAUAAUUCUCACUUGUGUAACUUGUAUAUAUUCGUUCAAUGUUAUUCAAUUUACACUGGUUCCU